AUGGCGCCGCGCGGGGCGGUUGAGCUGCGGCGGAUCGAGGACCGGACGAGCCGGCAGGUGCGCUUCUGCAAGCGCCGCUCAUGCCUCUUCAAGAAGGCCUACGAGCUCGGCCUCCUCUGCGACGCCGAGGUCGCGCUGCUCGUCUUCUCCCCCGCCGGCAGGCUCUACGAGUACGCAUCUUCCAGCAUUGGAGGUACAUAUGACCGCUAUCAAGCAUUUGGAGGAGACGAAAAGGACCACCUGAAUGAAGGCGGUGCAAGUACCAACAAUGAUGGAGAUCCUUCAAAUAUACAGUCAAGGCUUAAAGAGAUUGCUUCCUGGUCUCUUCAAAACAAUGCUGAUGAGGCAGAUGCUAAUGAGCUAGAGAAACUGGAGAAACUACUCACAGAUGCUUUGGAGAAUACAAAAUACAAGAAGAUGUUGGCGCAACGAAACGGCGGCGCAAGCACCGGUUCGGGCGGCGGGAACUCCAUCAGUCCUAUGGGGCAGAAGGAAGGAAGGAGCUGAGGCUGAGCAGUGUAUGUGUAAUGCAUGUCUUCACUGCUGAUGCCACACUGCUGCCUUGCCUUGUGCUUUUCCUAUCAGUCUGUUGCCAGUCUUCACUGCAGCUACUGUCAUACGCGUCGGUACACGGCUGCGUGAGAAAAAAGAGUUUACGUGGAUGUGCACUUUAUAUAAACUAGGUGAUUUCCCCGCACGUUGAUGCGGGAAUUUAAAGAUUAUUGGUGUAUUAUGCAUGAACAAAAUGGCUUAAAUCGAGAGCUAUUAUUUUCGAAAA